AUGAAACAUGCGAACGAAAACUUUUUAUACAAAUGUAACCAGUGUGAAUUGACCUUCCCUAAUAGUUGGAGUCUAGCGUACCACCGUAAGAAGAUCCACGGUAAGACUGGACCUGACGAUGCUGGAGCCACCAGCAAGAUCAGCAGGGAUGAUUACAGGAUACCCUGCAGAGACUGCAGCGAAGUACUACCAAAUAAGACUGCGUUAUACAAACACAGGAAGAAGGAACACAGCGAUGGGACGACACGACCUAGCAGUAAAACUGGUCCUUACAGCAACGAGGAAUCGAACUCUGGAGGUGGCGCGUGUACCCGCUGCCAUGCUACCUUCACUCACGCUGCUGAUCUCCAUAAACACGUCAAAUCGACAGCGAUGCGCAACCACCGCCUCAUCCACACCGGCGUCCGCGCCUGGGCCUGUGGACGGUGCCCCAAACGGUUCCGGAUUCGAUCCGAUCUGAGGACACAUCUCAGACUCAAACAUCCCGCUACUAUUGUUGUUGUUGAGAUGGAAGGCCUGAACCCGACUUCGGAAGAGAUCAUGAAGACGCUCGCGUUACAAAACGUACCACACGACAAACUCAUAGAGAUUACUAAAAUGUCCUUUUCCAAGGGUACGUCGAGUGUGAUCCCGUCGACAGCGCGCGCCCUGUCGGCGCUGAGUACCGUCCCGCGCACUCACGUCGCCUGCAUCAAACCCACGCCGGCCAGGAUGCUCGAUGAAUUUCAACCGGCUCGCCGUGGCCGUGGUAUCGCCAAAAACCCGCGGCGACCGAAAAUACUGCAGCGAGGCGAAACUGCGCCACAUGAGAACACUACCUACCCCAUUGUGAGCGGAGAGGAAUUAUCAGAUUUAAACGUUCAGUUGUUACUGCGAGACGGGGUUUUGGUUAACGGCAACCAGAUGGUGCAACUACAGCUGGACGAUCCGAUGUUGAUGGAAUAA